AUGGGUAAGACGAGACAGCAGCGGCGGGCUACACAAAUCCAGGAGAAGAAUGUAGGCUGCACUUGGGGCCUCAUCCGCAUGUUCUACUCCCGCCGUGACCCCAAGCUCAUCCUCGACAGGAAGCAAGGGAGCAGGAGGCACUCGUUCAGUGGGUUUGCUGGAAGAGGGCACUUGAGAAGGAAGUCCCGGGACUUCGAGGAAAUAGAUGAAGACAGGGAUAACAUGGAGGAAUGUAGUACGACGAAAUCAACUGUUAAAAGACUUAUGGAGGGCGAGCUGAGCAAGCAAAAGCAGUCCAAGAAGAUACCAAAUGAUGAGGUUCAAAGAAUAUUGGCUGACCUGGGACAUGAUGUCUGUCUGGACAAAAGCACAACGCAGAAUAGCAAACCAGAGGACAUCACAAAUCCCAACGCAGACAUCAGCAUUGCUUCUUCCUCUGCAUCGCUGGAUCCCAGCGGUUCAAAGUGCAUGAACUAUGCAGAAGGAGAUAACGUUGAGCUUGCUUUGUCGGAUUUCCUAGGAGAAGUUGCUUUGUCAGAUUUCAUGGGAGAAGUCUAUAAGUACCAUGAUGAAGGGGCUGAUGAUUGCAUGAGUAACAGUGAAUUAUGUCCCGAGUUGAAGUCCCUUAUUGAUACAAAUCUGGACGAGUUUAGCAACCCUCUAUGUGAUCUUGCUUAUAAGAAAAUUCUAGUCAGUGAGGGAAGGGAGCUUGUUGACAACAAACAUCUCCAUAACAGAUAUGUAGGAACUAGGUUAGAGCCGAAAAGAAUGAUUGAAAGAUCUAAUAUUAUCGAAGACACCAAGUCUUCAAAUCAGCAUGAAUUAGUCAUCAAGACAAAGAAUAAAGAGAGCAAGAAUAUAUUCUUCUGGAAGAAAGAUAAAUCAAGCAGACAACAUACACCAGAAAGAAGUUCCCAGCCAGUUAACAAAAUAGUUAUACUGAAGCCAAAUCUAAAAGCAGGGUUUGGACCGACUGUAGCAACUGCAUCAACUCAAGCUCCAGGAUACCGUGCAGCAGAGUGUUCUACAUUUUCAGUUAAGGAAGUCAGGAGAAGAUUCAGGAUCGUGAAUGGAGAAAAUAGAAAAGGAAGACCGUCAAUAAAUGAAGAUGAGGUACAAGGAGAUCCAUGUAGGCCAAAACAUUCAGUUUUUACAAUUAAAAAGGAUUCCAGGCAGGUACCUACAGCUACUGCUAAAAAUGAUGUUAAACAUUCAGACAGCAGUAUGCAAAAGCAAAUAAAUGAUGAACUAGCUGUUAUCAACAGUGACAUAUCUACAUCAAAGGAUGCAUCCAUGUUCUAUGCAGAAGCCAAAAAACAUUUAACAGAAAUUCUAAAAGACAAAAGUCAUACUGACAAGUAUCCAAGUCCAACAGUUCAGAUCUCAAGAUCCUUGGUAAGAAUGCUUUCCCUCCCUCAGUGCACUACGUCAUCAUCACCUAGGAGCCCCCCAAGGGUAAAACACUGCAUUGAACUUCCACGUGAAGACAAAGAUAUAUGUGCCGUACACAAGGCUGAAAGGGAAGAAUCUGCAAACGGAAGAAAGGAAUCAGAGGAAAACCUGGGAAGUGUUGAAUGUGAAGCAUUGGAUCAACAAGCAGAUAAGGAAAAACAUUAUAAUGAAGAAGCCACAAUACAUGGUGCCGAACUUGAUGUCAUGUGCAUUGAAGAAAUUGAUAAACCGGGUCACCCUGAAACAAUUCACAGUGUACAAUGCAUCCCAGCAGAACAACACAGAUAUAAUUCUCCCCUAGAAAUGAUGGAAGGACCAGACGGAAGUAAAGAGCAUGAUGAGAUGUUUCCAUGCUCCCCUGAUAAUGUCAUUGAGAACCUAGAGCACCAAGAUCAAGAAACUCCCAGACCAAGUGCGUCAUUUGAACUGAUAUCACAAGUGGAAAACCAUGAAAAGCAAGAGCGACCCAGCACUGUGUCUGUUCUUGAUCCACUCUUCCAUGAAGAUGCCGACAGCCCUGACAACAAUGAGGCGUUAGACAACAAGAGCACGAUAAAAUGUGAGCUGCGUCAAGACAUCUUGAGGCCCCAGUACUACCUAGAUACUGGAUUAGACCAAGAGAUCUUCUGGGAGGACAGGGAUGCCAGGUUAGAUUACAUAAAAGGAGUGCUGGAGCUAUCAGAAUUGUACACACACAAGAAUCCAGAGAUAUGGCAUCUUGAAGAUGAAUUGAUCAGCACUUGCGUGUUUGAAGAACUACAUCAACACAAUCAAACAGAUGAUGUAAAGCUCUUCUUUGACUGCGUCUGUGAAGCAAUAACACUAGUCCAGGGGACACAUUUUAUGAACACCCCUUGCUUACCUUAUCUCACACGCAACAUAAAGGCACCUCCAACUGGGCAUAACCUCGUCUCGGAAAUAAAUAAGCAUAUCGAGGGCCACCUCUGCUAUCAAUUUCUAAGCUCAUUGGACCAGCUAGUUGACAAGGAUCUAGAAGAGUGCAGUUGGAUAGAUCUCCGACCAGAAAGUCGAGAUGUUGGUGUGGAUAUCUGGGAGUUUUUACUAGAUGAACUACUGGAAGAUGUCUCCUAUGACCUGCUGAUUUGAAGCUUAAUUGCCUCACCAUGACCAUGUAGAGCGGUAUAUUUGUGUGCCUGCUAAUUUGAGUAUUGGCUAACUUUAACAUGUUUUGGAGGGCAGAGCCAGUAAGGUUUUCUUCUUCUUUUUUUCUCGUGAGAAAAGCAUAACGGUAGUGUGUGCACCGGCAUAUUACAGUGAUGCUGUUCAUUCCUUUUGUGUGGUGU